CUGAGUCGGCGCCUGAGCCGGGCGGCGGGCGCGGGCGGCGGUGCGCCUAGUUGACAGCAUGCUCAACGACUCCGUCACCAAUAUCUCCGACCUGGCGCUCGGCCCCGAUCUGCCCACCAGCCCCUACAGCCUCGCCCAGAAAAUCGUCAUCGCCAUCGUCGCCAGCGUCCUCUCAGUCCUCACGGUCGUCGGCAACUCCAUGGUGAUGAUCAGCUUCAAGAUCGACAAGCAGCUGCAGACCAUCAGCAACUACUUCUUGUUCUCCCUCGCCGUCGCCGACUUCGCGGUCGGACUGAUCUCCAUGCCGCUGUACACGAUGUUCACCAUCUACGGCUACUGGCCGCUAGGGCCCUACAUCUGUGACACGUGGCUCGCUCUGGACUACCUCGCGUCCAACGCGUCGGUUCUCAACCUGUUAAUUAUAAGUUUCGACAGAUACUUUAGUGUGACGAGGCCCUUGACGUACCGCGCCAAAAGGACUACACGUCGCGCCACGGUCAUGAUAGGGAGUGCGUGGGGCUUCAGUUUGGUGUUGUGGCCCCCGUGGAUUUACGCGUGGCCGUACAUCGACGGGGAAAGGAAAGUGCCCCCCCACGAGUGCUAUAUCCAGUUCAUAGAGACGAACCAGUUUAUUACUUUCGGGACGGCCAUCGCGGCGUUUUAUGUGCCAGUGACGGUGAUGUGCAUAUUGUACUACAGGAUAUGGAAGGAGACUAAAAAAAGGCAGAAGGAUCUGCCUAACUUGCAAGGAGGGAAGAAGCACGACUCGUCGAAGAGAUCUAACUCAAGGUUAGUAGCUAGCGUAGUUGUUUCUAUUGUAAUUUGUGUAGGUGUUCAAGUUUUACAGAAAAAGCUGCCUAUAUAA